UUUAUUGUCCUCAUGUUUUCGAUUUAGGGUUCUAAAUUAUGAUUAAGGGUUUUGUAUGAUUAGGGUUCUUCUUGUUCUCUAUAGAUCUGGAUUUUUUAUGAUUUUGGGAUUUUAUUGUUCUUGUUCCCCCUUUGCAAAGUAUGUUUCGUGUUUUUUAUUUAUUUUCUUCAGAUCUGGAUCCAGUAUAACUCUGUAUUACUAACUCAGUCGAAUUUGGUAUAACUAACUCAGUACUACUUGGUAUUAUGCAGUAUAACUAGUAGAACUUAGUCAAACUCGGUAUAACUAACUUAGUAGUAGUACUAGUAGUACUUAGUAGUACUUAGUAGUACUUAGUAGUACUAGUAGUACUUAGUAGUACUUAGUAGUAGUAGUAGUACUCAGUAUAAUCGGUAUAACUCGGUAUAACUACACUUGGUAGUACUCAUUAUAACUAAUUAUAAUCUGGUAUAACUACACUCAGUAGUACUAAGUAUAACUCAGUAUGACUCGGUAUAACUACAUUCAGUAGUACUCGGUAUAACUCAGUAUAACUUAACAUUAAUAUUACCCAGUAAAACGAAGUAUAACUCAGUACAACUAAGUAAAACUAUACAGUAUAAUGCAGUAUCCAAAAUUUGAAAAUUUUAAAAAUUUGAAAAUAUAAAAAUUUAUUGAAAUUUGAAUUUCGAAUUUUUUCUGAUUUAAAUUAAUAAUUUUGAAAAUACAAAGGGUAAAAUCGGAUAUUCAUGUUUCAUUAAAGCAAUAGGGGUAUAGGAGAUUUAAGAGGCCCAUAGGAGAUUGGCUCUACCACAAGUGGGGGGCAAUAGAGAAGUUGGCUCGAGGAAGAAGAGGUGAGGUAGGAGAAAAAAAUUGUUAGAGAAGAAGGGAAGAAUCAUAGGUGGAAAAGAAAGAGAGUACGAAGAGAAGGAAAGAAGGUGUAAGAAGAAAGAGGUGUGGUAUGAAGAAGAGGUGAGGUAGGAGGAAAUAAAUUGUUAAAGGAGAGAGGAAGAAUCAUAGGUGGAACCGUGAAAGAGAAAGAGAGUACGAAGAGAGAGAGAGAGAGUGAAAGUAAGAAUAGGAAACUCAUGGCACACAAUCUAUAAUAAUUUACACUUCCAUUAAAUCAAGUGCAGUUUCGUAAUUUUGGUUAGGUUUGAGGGUAUUAAGCUAAAUGUCUCUUAAUAUAAAUGACCAAAAUUAUUUACGUAAAAUUAUUUCUAUAAAUGCUUAAAAAACAUAUACCAAGUGUGUAUAAUAAAAUCAAAAUAAAUGUGAAUAAAGAAUAAAUGAUUUUGGUUUCUAGUUACAAACGACUAUAAAUCUAAAACUAAGCAAGAAAUAUCAUUUAUGAUAACUCUUAAAAAUCAAAAUCAAUUGAUUAUGCUUUGUAUUUGGUUGAACCGGGUUUUGUGAUUAAUCCAAGUCAUCGAUUUUGUAUGGGUUUUGGCUGUUUAAAUCAAAUCUGAGUUUUAAUCGAAGCCGGACUUGGUUUAGUUAAUUGUUCAACUGGUCCGGUUAUCAAAACACUGGGCUCACUAAAAGCAUGUUCUCCCAAAUAAACCGCGUUACAUAGUAAGUCGAUCCUUCUAAAGUCAAUUAACUGUUACCAUUUCUACCCGUGGAUUAAAAAUCUAAUCUCUUCUUUUCUCGAAAUAGCACGCGCCUAUUUUGAUGUUGCAACCGGCUAUAUUCGGUAACAAAUUUAUUUUCCUUUUAAAAGAAUUUACUAACUUUUCUGUUCUUUUCUUGACUGUAUAUAAAUUCGAAAAGUAUUCUGCGUUCCUAACAAAUUUCAGGAGCUCAAGCCUCUGAAUUCGUUUGACCUCACAACCAGAAUUUUCUCGAGAAAACGUACCCAGAAGUAAGCUUUCUCCAUCUCUCUUUCUGCAUCUCAUAGUUUUGAUUUUUCACCAUUUUAUUAUCAUGUUUUUAUAGCUUUCCUAGAAGAAAUGGAGGUAAAUGUAGCCACAUCCACGCCUUUUCAUUGGUCAGGACGCCAUGCGGCAAUGCCUAAGUGUCAGUCUUUGUCACAAACCAUAAACUCCUCAAAACGUCGCCGUUAUUGUAGAAGAGAUGUAUAUACAUCUGUAGUAGGAGGAGGAGGAGGAUCUUUAUCAUGCCAAACUAGAUUGAACCCUUCGACUUUUCUUGGAACCGAAUCUGGGAAAGUUCACUGGUCCAAAUCAUGUGAGCUUUUGAAAUUCACAAAGAACAGAACAGGCAUGCAGAAACAUUAUCCUUUACGUAGAGUUUGCAGUGCGAGCUUCAGUUUCUUCUCAGACCAAGAUUUCUCCACCAAGAUGCAAGAAUUAGCAUUACAGUUCAAGAUCGCAGGCGAAGAAGAAGACCUAGAGAGAAAUAAGCACCAAUCAGAAAGAAUCCACGACAAGGUAAAGCUACUACAGGAGUCUGUUCCAGGUUUAGCUUUGUUGGAGGCUCCAGGGAUAGAGAUGGUUAACCAUUCUAGCAUUAAACGGAAAGCAAACAGUGUUGAUUUACCCCUCUCCCUUAGAAUGAUUAAGAGGAAGCUACAAGAACAAGCUCUCAAAGAAGCUAGCGAAUCUAAUAGCUCUUCUAUCUACAAAGCUUUCUCUUCUAUGGUCUUCAUGAUCGAUGAGCUCCAUAGCUUUGUGUUGCAGACUAAGGAGACUAUCUUCUACGAAGAAGACCUACAAGGUGUUGUUAAGAAGGAUAUGCACGCUUCAUUUCUGUGGAUUUUCCAAAGCGUCUUCUCUCAAACCCCUACUUUGAUGGUAUAUGUGAUGAUCCUGUUGGCGAAUUUCACUGUGCAUUCAGUUGCAUCAAAUCUAGCUAUACCAGCAUCACCCGUUACUAAAGGCCAAGAUCAGAUGCAUCAAAGGUUUGAGUCUACAUUAUUAGGUCAUGUAGUAAGUGGCCAUUUUGAUAAGAUCUCCCGCUUACAAGAGAUAAGAGAAGAUGAGCUGAGUCUGUGGAAUUCAAUAGUGGAAGAAGCUGAUCAAAUGCAAGACUCCCCUGUGGUUCGUGACAUGAGACUGAAUGAAAGGACUGAAUUGGACGAUUAUGCUAGGACAGAGUCUUUAUAUGAGAUAAGUUUGGUUCAAGAACCAAACAACCAUUUACUCUUAGCUAACUACGCUCAGUUCCUUUACCUCAUCUCUCAAGACUACGACAGAGUGGAGAAAUGCUUCAAGAAAGCCAUUGAGUCAGAAGAAGUAGACGCGGAAACAUACAGCAAAUAUGCAGUCUUUCAAUGGAAAGUUCUGAACGAUCUAUGGGCGGCUGAGGAGAAUUUUCUAGAAGCCAUAUCAGCAGACCCUACAAACUCUUUCUACGCUGCUAACUACGCUAAUUUCCUCUGGCAAACCGGUGGCGAGGAAACGUGUUACCCCCUCGAAUCUUCUGAUUCUCCUCAGUAAUUCGCUUGAGACGCUAGAAACCAGAGAAUGGCAAUGUGAAUGGUGGGGAUUUGUUAGUAGAGAUUUGCAGUAACAGACAACGGCAAGACUUAGGUAGAGGAAAAAAGAAACAUGAAAAUUGUAAGUAGUGUUUGUGACAGAAACAUUACUUCUAUUUUUGUCCCAUGCUUUUGCCUUUGUUAUCACUUAGAAGUCAAUUAGCACAUGAUGUAGAUUCAAACCUAACACUUACGAUUGUGCUUUUUGGUGAAAUAGUAACUGAGCAUAUUUCUAACUUCUGUAAUUUAACGAGGCCACAAUUGAUAUAGGAUUCAUACGUAUUAACUCACUGACAGAACAAGAAAAUGUUAAAUCCAAGGUAUGUUAUUGAUAAAGAACAUUACUCUGUAUAACAUGAAAGUACUUUCUUUAUUAUCCUCUCAGUACUCAAUACAAGUACUAAGCCUAAAUCUCAUAAGAGAUUCCCAAUUACAACUCAUCAAAUGGCCAAAGUUUACAAAUGACUCAACUACAGUCUUUAUACUCGAUACUUCACUCUACACUUCAUAACGACCAUAACCGAUUCUGUUAUAGUCACAUCUUCUUAUCAAGAUACGUAGAUCUUCUUAUCAAGAUACUCAGAUCAGUCUACCAGCUGAUCCGCAG